CAAGAUUUUCAAGAUUGGAUAUGGAAACACGAACACAUUUAUUUACGAAUGCUCGUGUUUAUGUUCAUGCUGUCUCAUGUAGUAUUGAUGGAAAUAUGAUUACUCUUCUCAGAACAAUGUACUCUGUCAAAAAACAUAUUUUACCUCAUGCAACGAAUUUCAUGAAUUUAUGCUGGCAGAGUUUUGGAAUACCAUCUCCUUAUGGAUCAUAUUCUAUUGGCGGAUACAGCGGAAGAGCAUGGACAGCGCAGGGUGGAGUAACAGCACCUGGACGUACAAUUGUCUGUUUCUUCAAUUGACGGACACAAAACAGACUCUAAUCAUGAUAAGGCACCUUCGGGCAGUAUUAAAAGAAUUAAAGAAGCUUUACAAGCUCGUAUCCGCUUCUUGUUUCGUGCGUGUCAUCUCAUGCAAACUAGUGAUAUACAUGCACCUUUCGACGGGCAAUUUAUUAUCAUCUGAUUCAACCACUACUCUAAUGUCUAAAACUAAAAGUUGUCAAGAGAACCAAGUUGAUAUUGAUUCUUUAUUAAGAAAAAGAAAGUUAGAGUCUCGAGGUGCAGAACAUUUUGAAAUUAAAUUAUUGAGAGAAUUCGCACAUGGUUGGAUUAAAUGGUCUGCUACUGGUUACCCGAGAAGUUUUGUUAAGCGCGGGAUGCCAUCAAGUGAGCUUUACAAGAGUUAUUAUUUGGGCAACUCGGAAAAGAAAUUUUAGAUCGAAAAGAACGAAAAAGUUUUAGUGCUGUUGAUGAUAUUCUACAGAGACGUUUGAAAGACUGUUUGCAAGUGAACAAUCGAUUUUC